AUCUGCUUUUACAGCCGAUUCGUUCGCAUCACAUAACUAGUUUCUAAACAAACAAAAUGGCGGCGCACACCAGAUGGGCUCUGUACCAACUGUUACGGUCAAAAAAUACGACUUACUUUAGGUUUCUAGAGAAGACUGGAAGUGCAUACCACACCCAGAUAUGGAGGAAAGUCCUGUCAGAACCUGUGACCAGAACCACACACAUACCAAUUCGGCACAUUUCCAUCCAGACUCAAGACACUCCAAAUCCCAGAAGCUUGAAGUUUCUCCCCGAUAAACCUGUUUUGGGAAGUGGGACCAUCGACUUUCCCUCUCCGAGUUCAGCGGAAUGUUCAUCUUUAGCCAGGAACCUGUUUGAAAUCGAAGGCGUUAAAAGUGUGUUCUUUGGCCCUGACUUUAUCACAGUGACGAAAAUAGAUGAGGAGGUGGAGUGGACAGACAUCAAGCGCAACGCCCUGGAGACCAUUGCUAAAUUCUUUGAGAGUGGUGACCCCGUAACAACAGGGGCAGUGCACCAUGAAAGCAGUGCCUCAGAAGAUGACGACGAUGUUGUGUUGAUGAUAAAGGAGCUGCUUGACACCAGAAUCAGACCAACAGUGCAGGAAGAUGGAGGUGAUGUCAUCUAUAAAGGCUUCUUGGAUGGCACGGUCAAGCUGAAGCUGGUGGGUUCCUGCACAGGGUGUCCCAGUUCUACAGUGACCCUGCGGAACGGCAUUCAGAACAUGCUGCAGUUCUACAUUCCAGAAGUAACCAUGGUGGAACAGGUGGAAGAUGAAGUGGAUGAAAUCAAUGCAAAGGUUUUUUCAGAGCUGGAGCGCAAACUACAAGAGUAAAUGGAAACGCCAUUGAUGAACAUACUCUUCACAGCAAACGUAUUCACAUACUGCUCCGCUUACCCUUUUACCAACCACGAGAAGGAGGGGAGAACAUGUGAAGAAAGUGAGAAAAGCGUCGUUGCCGUGUGUUUUUCUGUGCCUAUGCUACUUGCAGUUGAAGUGAAAGUGACAAAUGUUCACAGCAGAUAUUUUUACAUGACGUGACAAAGCGAAUGAAGCUAAUUGAUGGCGUCAGUGAUCGAGCUGAAUGAUUUACGCAAAAUGUCUGCUGUGAAAGUUUUUCUUUUACAUUGUGUAUGUGUUUUGUUAAGAUGUCUUUGCACAUGUCAUAGCAGUAAGGGCGGCGAAAGGUUGUGUUGUACUUAUUUUCUAUGUAUAAAUACUGUGUUUGCAUAUUAGUGUAAUGCAGAAAGAAGAUGAAGUAUGUCCUUCCUGCUACAGCAUGUAUUAUACUUGUAUAAACAACUUGGUAGUUAUGUAUUCAAGAAUUGAAAGUUGGUAUAUUCAGACUAAAGAAAUGAACUGUAUAUUCACGUCCUACUGCUUCACAAUAAAGUUCACUCAUCGAAAAUAAA